AUGCCACCGAAAGCGGACUGGGAGAAGUACGAGCGCAAGCACGACGAGAAGGAGGACAAGAUUGUCGCGCUCGAUGAGUCGGACAUCCAGAUUCUCAAGACAUAUGGUCAGGGACCUUACUCUAUCGCGCUCAAGAACAUCGAGAAGGAGCUCAAGGAGAUCCAGAAGCGCGUAGACGAGAAGAUGGGUGUCAAGGAGUCGGAUACUGGUCUUGCUCCUGCCAACCUCUGGGACACGAUGGCCGACAAGCAGCGCCAGGGCGAGCAUCCGUUGCAGGUUGCGCGCUGCCAGACGAUUAUCCGUGCCACGAACCCACAACCCGAGGACUCUCCUCUCAACCCUCAGGACGGCGCCGGCGCGGGCAACCCAGAAGGCGAUCGCUACGUUAUCUCGAUCAAGCAGGUCGCCAAGUUUGUUGUCGGACUCGGCGACCAGGUGUCGCCAACCGAUGUUGAGGAAGGGAUGCGCGUCGGUGUUGACCGCACCAACUACAAGAUCCUCAUUCCCCUGCCACCCAAGAUCGACCCGUCGGUGACUAUGAUGCAGGUCGAGGAGCGCCCGUCGGUGACGUAUGCGGAUGUCGGUGGCUGCAAGGAGCAGAUCGAGAAGCUGCGCGAGGUCGUCGAGUUGCCUCUGUUGGAACCGGAGCGCUUUGCCAACCUCGGUAUCGAGCCUCCAAAGGGUGUGCUGCUGUAUGGCCCUCCCGGAACAGGCAAGACGCUAUGUGCGCGUGCGGUCGCAAACAGGACAGACUCGACGUUUAUCCGUGUCAUCGGAUCGGAGCUGGUGCAGAAGUACAUUGGUGAGGGUGCGCGUAUGGUGCGCGAGCUGUUCGAGAUGGCGCGGUCGAAGAAGGCGUGUAUCAUCUUCUUCGACGAGGUGGACGCGAUCGGUGGUGCGCGCUUCGACGACGGCGCAGGUGGCGACAACGAGGUGCAGCGCACCAUGCUGGAGCUCAUCAACCAGCUCGACGGUUUCGACGCGCGUGGUAACAUCAAGGUCAUCAUGGCAACCAACCGUCCUGACACGCUUGACCCUGCGCUGCUGCGUCCGGGGCGACUGGACCGCAAGGUCGAGUUCAGCCUGCCGGACGUCGAGGGGCGGGCCCACAUCCUCAAGAUUCACGGCAGGAGCAUGAGCGUCGAGCGCGACAUUCGUUACGACCUCAUUGCACGCUUGUGCCCUAACGCGACGGGUGCGGAGCUCAAGGCCGUCGCGACCGAGGCGGGCAUGUUUGCGAUCCGCGCGCGCAGGAAGGUUGCGACGGAGCGUGACUUCCUCGACGCAGUUGAGAAGGUCAUUCGCCAGGGCACCAAGUUCUCGAGUACCGCCCUGUACGCGCAGUACAACUAG